CAGCUUAAUUAAUGUCCGGCCUAGCUAGAUGUUAGCCAUUUAUGUAUAAAAUCAUCGACAUUACCUAUGAAACUUAAUGAACUCAUUCCACCUCUAUUUCAACCAAUUUCCACAGCUCUGAUCACAAUUUCUCUCCGAGGAAAAAAAGAAGCUUGAUAAGCUAAAAAAUGGGGGACUUGAAAACGUUGGCAAAGGCAAGAAUGGAGCUUGAAGAAUUGUAUUCAGGAAUCCCAGAUGAUUCAGUCAAUCUCACUUUUCAAGACCUAGCAAUACAUGUAAAACAAAGCAAAAAUAGUACACCAGAGAAGAUAAACACCACUACCAAUAAAGAACCAAUUCAAGAAGCCAAAACCCCUAAACAAGUUUCUCCUCUAACCAAGUUGCCUAGCCUUGAUUUCAACAGAGGUUUACAGGCUUCCAAAAAUCAUCAACAACCUCGUCAUCUUGCUGAAGGGCACCCACUUGGUCAAUCCCAUAAACAUAACCUGCAGCAUGAUGAUACUCAUAGUCCGUGUGGCACUAUUGGAUCAUAUCAUCAUGAUCAAAGCAAUCAUGGUCAUGCAAAUAUAGGUAGAAAAGGUCCUUCAAAAUCAAGGUUUGCACCGGAGAGGAGCAGGGAAUUUGAUGAUGUGAGUGUUAUGAGCAUGGAUUCUAUGUACCAAGAAAGAAGUGGAAGACCUCGUCGCCCUGGAAUCCCUCACUCCAAUAUUUGCGCCGUUUGCUCUACUUACAUCUAUAUUUUUCGGCAUCGUUGCUUGGUUUGUGGAAGAGUCCAUUGCCGAAAUUGUGUAAGCAUAGGAAUGGGAGAGAUGACAGAAGGAAGAAAGUGCAUCGACUGUUUAGGGAGAAGGUUCAGUCAAAGAUACAUUAGUAGAGCAGGAAUGGUAGGGUGUUGUUCGGGGUAUCCUAGUGAUGUAAAGCAGGCAGAGCUCAGGUGGGCUGAGAAGGGGCCGAGAAGGGCAGGGGAGAGAGCAUUCGGCCAUGGCAACAUGACCUCAAGAUCAAGAAACCCUAUGUCGACUCCUCCAAGGCCCUCCAAUAAGGCAGGUGUUAGCAUGAGUCAAGAUCUUCCUUCUUUUGUUACAAGCUCGCCUUAUUCUCCUUACAGUACUCCUAAACAUCACCAGCUGCCCUUGUAGGAAGGGCCCUUAAUGAAUCGGGAUGCUUUAUGUUUGUUUGUUCUUGUACUUGAUCAUUUGUUUUUAUUUGCUAAUACUCUGUGGUUUAAUUAAAUGUGGGAUGAUUUUUCUAUAA